AUGUCAUUGUGGGUAGACAAGUAUAGACCAAAAAAGCUAGACCAGCUUUCCUUCCAUGCCUCUACUACUGACCAUUUGAGGGCAUUGGCCAGUACUGGUGACUUCCCCCACUUGCUUGUGUAUGGGCCUACUGGAGCAGGUAAGAAGACGAGAAUCUAUGCCACGCUUAACGAGCUUUUUGGAGCUCAAACGGAGAAAUUGAAGAUUGACGUUAAGACGUUUACGACUUCUUCAAAUAGAAAGUUGGAGUUCAAUGUUUUAUCUUCGCCAUACCACUUUGAGAUCACUCCUUCUGAUAUGGGUAACAACGAUAGGGUGGUGAUCCAGGACUUGCUUAAAGAGGUGGCCUCUACUGAACAAGUUGAUUUUUCAAACCAGUCUAAAUCUGGCCAAAAGCACCGUUUUAAGGUGGUCAUCAUCAACGAAGCUGAUUCGUUGUCUAGAGAUGCUCAGGCUGCAUUGAGAAGAACCAUGGAGAAGUACUCGUCCAACAUUCGUAUCAUUAUGGUUUGCAAUAUGGUUUCGAGUAUUAUUCCGCCAAUUAAAUCCAGAACUUUUUUGGUGAGAGUGGCAGCGCCUUCAACAAAGGAGAUUGCUGAUAUUCUUGGGUACGUUGCCCAGAAGGAGUCUGUGAAGUUUAGCAACAACGACGAGGAGGUUAAACAGAAGUACCUUGAAUCGGUUGCAUCCGGAUCGAGCCGUAACUUGAGAAGAGCCUUGUUGAGUUUUGAAACUUUGACAAUGCAACAAGAAACUCUUGCUGUGGAUAACGUGGGUGCUUCAGCAGUACCACUCGAUUGGGAAAGUAUUAUUUUGAGCAUGGCCCGUUCGGUGUUGCAAAACAAGACCGUGGCCAAUAUUGGAAAAUUACGUGUUACUUUUUACGAGUUGAUCUCCCAUUGCAUUCCUCCAAGACUCAUAUUGAAGGAGUUGGCCAUGCACAUUAUGCGUGCUUUGGGUAACGAUACCAAGCGGGUGGUUGCAGUGAUUGAGCUUGCUGCUAUCUUUGACGAACGUUUGAGCUUGGGUCUGAAGGCUAUCUUCCAUUUGGAGGGCUUUGUCGCCAAGACCAUGGUUGCAUUGGGCUAA